GUCAAUGGCACAAAAUGCGCAAAUUUUACAUCUACGCCGGUCGUGUCAUAAAAUUUAUUAAAUGGCUUAUUGUAGUUUACGCGGCAACCAUGUUUUUUAUGAUGCUAUUUGCCAAUUUUAUCAUUCCAACGCCACCUAUUUCACCAUGCGUUGACCUCAAGGUUCUCAAAGUUAUACCGGAAGAUUUUAGUGAAAACAGGGGAAAUUUACGAGUCCGCAUUAGUGGAAAUGAAUGUUGA